UUUCUUGAAGUCCUUUAAAUAAAUAUAAUUGAUCCUCUGCUCUAUGAAGAAGUAGAAAGCUUGCUAUCAACAAUACACCAAGCAUCGCCACUUUUGUUUCAUGAGCACCAUUGUCCCCUCGACGAAAUAAUUACAGCGUCGCCAAGAAAGAUCUACAUUCUUCGCAUACUAUACAUACUGCCACAUCAGGACCGGACUACUGAUAGUCUACUAUAAUGUCGUUCUCCGGACGUCGCUUGAGCAUUCUGCGUCCCUCUAACCGGCGGUUCUCCCUUGGAAAGGAAUUGUCCGAGAAUGAACUUCGUUCGGAAACCCAUCGUCAGUUCAGAGCUGCCCAUGAGGGUCACCGUCCCCAUGCCGGCCUCGAUGCUUCCCGUGCCUCGACGGGUGUCGUCUGGUGUACAGAACGUGCAGUAGAACACGGAUACGCAGAGGAUCCAUCGGGUUGGGCGAACCUGGGCCAGGGUGCCCCCGAAGCCGACGAUGAGAUCGAGGGAAGCUUUCCCCGACCUACCAGUAUCCCCAUCACAUCCGCUGCCCGCGAAUACGGUCCUACCGCUGGUAUCAAGCCUCUCCGCGCGGCAGUUGCCAGACUAUACAAUGAGCAUUACCGACAAGGAAAGGAAAGCCAGUAUACUUGGGAGAAUGUCUGCAUUGUCCCUGGUGGUCGAGCGGGACUGAUUCGAAUUGCCGCCAUUCUGGGCAAUUCGUACCUGUCGUUCCCUAUUCCCGAUUACUCUGCCUACUCGGAGAUGUUGACGCUAUUCAAGAAUAUCGCACCUAUUCCCAUUCCUCUAGCCGAAGAUGACCACUACCAUAUCCACCCCAACAAGAUUGCGGAGGAGAUUGCUCGUGGGACUUCUGUCCUUCUGACAUCGAACCCCCGUAACCCUACUGGUCACUUUGUUUCGCAUGACGAGCUUGCGCAGAUCCAGGACAUCUGCAGAGACCGCGCAACGCUUAUUCUGGAUGAAUUCUACGGUGGCUACAACUACACCACUGACUGUGAUGGUUCGACGAUUAGCGGUGCCGCCAACGUCGUCGAUGUCAAUCAAGAUGAUGUUCUUCUGAUCGACGGUCUCACCAAGCGUUUCCGUCUCCCCGGCUGGCGUAUCGCCUGGAUCGUCGGUCCCAAGGAGUUCAUUGAUGCACUGGGUUCCGCCGGCUCCUACCUGGACGGUGGUGCCAAUGUGCCAUUCCAGGAGGCUGCCAUCCCUAUGCUCGAGCCUUCCCUCGUGCGCACGGAAAUGAAGGCGCUGCAGCGGCACUUCAGAGAGAAGCGCGACUAUGUCCUAAAGCGACUGCACGAGAUUGGUUUCCGCGUCAAAGAUGUGCCCCAGGCCACCUUCUACAUUUGGCUCGAUCUGACGUCCCUCGAACCACCUCUUCCCAAGGAGGCCAAUAUUUCCGACGGACUGAACUUCUUCAAUGCCCUUCUGACCGAGAAGGUCAUUGUAGUCCCUGGUAUCUUCUUCGAUUUGAACCCGGCAAAGAGAAGAGAUCUGUUCGACAGUCCUUGCCAUCAUUUCGUUCGCUUGAGUUAUGGACCAAAGAUGGAUGUCCUCAAGAUGGGUCUGGACGGCAUCGAGAGGGUGAUUCGUCGUGCUCGUGGAGAAGCCGUUGAGCUUCGGCCUCAGAUUGAUCCUCAGUGGGAGGAUGAGGGCGAGAGCUGCGCAGCGCAGUACUCUGCGCCCAUGACUAUGGUCUUGAACUUCUACCGCGUCCUCAACUAUGCUGCCUUCACUUUCUUUUCCGUGCUCCUAUUCUGCCUAAUAAUCCUCACACCCGCCGACGCGAUCUACCAAUGCUACAAAACGCACCGGCUCACCAAUAUCUUCUUCAUCACCGGUGCGUAUGUGGCGACAUUCAUCCUCGCAGCGCUGAUAUAUGCGACACGGAUCUACACGAAUCGUACCGUCCUAUCUGCCAUCCCCAAAGCAUGGAUUCCUGUCGAGAAGGAGGAUGUCGGAAAGAGCGUCCGCCGGCUCGUAGUGGAGGGACUCGCUCGCAGUGCGAUCAUCGCCUAUCAGGCGCGACCGAGAGACAUAGCCGCAGACGGCGACAAAUUCUCUGACUAUCCGAUGCUCGUGGUGGAUCGCGACCAGCCGCCCUGGGGUAAGGUCGAACACCCAGGAUGGUCGUCUCCUUCGUCGCCUGAUCUACCGGACCUGCCGUAUCGCGCUGUUGUGCAGGAACUGCCACAUCUGAUCGAAGCCAAGGCGGUGUCCCUUGCGCCUCCGGAUCCCUUUCUGUCGGCUGCCGCCCAUCAUCGGUUCGAUCCCUCCCUCUCCGAUCGUGGACGGUCAGUUCCGGAUACGCGGGUUGUGGAAGUACUACGGAGACCUGCGUCGAUGGGAUUGCGGGAGUAUAUCCAGCAUCUUACGGCACUCAACCUGGUCAAUCCCCCAGAAAUUGGUGCGGAGUUUCUCGCUCACUACGAACGGGCCCGUUUUUCGUCUCGCGAGCUCCACGAGGAUGAAUUCAGGGAGCUGAUGCACGUCUUUGCGGACGUCUUGCGGGGCAUGACAUACCUGGAUUCUCGGAUACUGGAUGACAUCAGAGGAGGAAGCUCUCGCGGUGACAGCGAGUCCCUGAUUGGGCCCUCCGAUGAAGAAGGCGAGACGGAUACCAUGGAGUUUUUGGAUGAUAGCGACGCGCUUUCUCUUCGCCGUAGCGAUAGCUUGCAGCCUUCGGUCGCCUCGUCGACCUGGGAGAGCCGCUCGGUACAUACUGCGCCUACGGCGCAGAGUCGUGGAUCGCCGGUCGCAUCCAAACAUCACGACCGGUAUCGCACAUUGGCCCCUCCCCGCACGCCGUCGACCCGAUCGCUCAGACGCGUGCAGUCGAAUGUCUCGGGCAGUUCGUCGGGGGGCAGUGUCAUUCGCUUGGUAGAUCCCCGCGGGCCGUCGGACCUGCCUUAUGCUUACAACUUGGGUCCUACAAGUAGUAGAUCAUGAGCUUUUUUGGUUACAAGAAAUU